UAAAAACCUUAUUAUUUUCUCGUGCGCUCCUCCGUCUCUCUCUUCUCUCUCUCUCUCUCUUGUGCGCGCGUGCGUGCUUUGGCGAUGGCGGACGAUAGCGACGAUUCGAGCAGCGAUGCGGCGCUGGGAGCUCACUAACGCCGGUAUGCUCGCAUUUCACGAAUUCCUGGUAGAAAAUUCCGGCCGGCAGGAGCUCCGGCUGGAAAUUUCGCUGUGGCGCGCCUAGGGUUGUCCAGAUCGUCGAGAGCUCGCACGAUUGAGCUCCGAGGCAGGCGCUGGAUGGAAUCCCAGCGAUUCUACAGGCGCUGGGCUGGAAUCGGUGGAAUGUAGCUAGCGGACAGGGCAUAGAGCAGGGAAAUUCUUGGCGGACGAGAUGGUUUUCCCGGUGGGGGACGUGGCGACCGUUGCCCAGAUUGCUGGCCUUGAUUCUCUCAAGCUCAUAGCGGCUGUUGCGGCCGCGGCCAAGAACGCGCGCAUGCACAAGAAGAACUGCCGGAAUUUCGCGCAGCACUUGAAGCUCAUUGGGAAUUUGCUGGAGAAGCUGAGGCUAUCGGAGCUCAGGGAGCAUCCAGAGACUAGCGAGCCUCUCGAGCGUCUAGAGGAGGCUCUCAGGAAGGCUUACAUCCUCGUCAACAGCUGCAAGAACAAGAGCUACCUCUACCUCUUGGCGAUGGGAUGGAACAUCGUUAACCAGUUCAAGCUACGCCAGGCCGAGAUCGACCGACUUCUCCAGAUUAUUCCUCUCAUCAGUCUCGUAGAUAACAAUCGGGCCAAGCGAGAGCUCCGUGAGAUACAACGAGACCAGAAAGAGUACACUCUGGACGAAGACGAGCUCCGGCUCCAGGAAACAGUUUUAAAACCUGACUUAAGCGUCAACGAGUCGAGGGAGCUGCGGAGGAACCUCUCUCGGAACUACCCGGGGCUUGCUCUCGAGGAAGCUCUCCGGAAAGAAAACAAAAAGCUCAAGAAAGAGCUCCAGAAGAUGCAGUCGCUCAUGGAGGAAGACCAGUGCGACGUGAUCCGCCGUCUUAUUGACAUCACCGAGACUGACGUGAAGGGUACCUACGAGAAGGAUCCCGAUUAUAUGAAAGAAGCCAAGAAGUACGAGCAAUCCAAUUACGAGCAGUCCAACUCCGACGCAUACACCUAUCAGGAGAGCCACAAAUCCAAUGAAACGGCUUCUAAAUCCUGGCAACUACAAGAUUGGCAUCAUGAUCUUUAUGGAUGCUGUGGGAGCCCCCUGCUGUGCGUGGGGACAUUCUUGUGCCCUUGCUGCACAUUUGCUACAGUCGCGGCGACUGCCACUAAUGGAAUAAUGCCCAAGCAUGCUGCUUGCACAAACUGUUUGAUUUACACGAUGGUGCUUAGCUGCUGCUUCUACACCUGUUGCUUCCGGCGUAAACUACGCAAGCUGUACAACAUCGAGGGCGGGUCCUGUGACGAUUGCUGGGCACAUUUCUUGUGCUUCUGCUGCGCGCUCGUUCAAGAGGCACGGGAAAUCAAAGCUCGUGAACGGGAUGGAGAGGGCAGUAGCAGCCAGAAGAGGAUGAUGCCCCCAUCGGAGCAAUGCAUGGAGCGCGAUCAUUGACCCCCCCUUGUGCAAUACCAACACUUAAACAAGGAGGGACAAGCCGAGAGAAAGUUUUUGUUUGUCGGAGAAGUUUGGAGGGAGGGAGAAAAAGAGAGGGGGAGAGAGAUUUGGUGUUUGGUUGGGUUUGGUUUGUGACAGGUCACGUUUGUAAGAACAAGGCGUCAAAGCGAAGAUAAAGAUGGAUCGUCCAUCCAUCAAAAGAUAUAACUUGCAACACUCGGUACCCAUGGAUGGAGCCAGCAAACAAGCACAUACAGAGCAAAGCAAGCAGCAGUGCCGCCUUGAUUGGUGCACACGACGUUUGCAUCCCUUUGACAUCCACGUUUUUAUUUAUAUGCGGCUUUGAAAAUCGCGGCUAAGGGGAGCUCUCCUCUCUCUCUCUCUCCCUCUCCCUCUCCCUCUCUCUCUCUCUCUCUCUCUCUCUCUCUCUUACUUUCAAGGGGGGAUCUUUUCCAAGCGCGAAAGUGAUUUGCGUUUGCAUGGCAACGAUGCAAACGCGAAAAAGGAGCUCGCUGUCUACGUAUGUGUAUCCAAUUCAAUCACAUUUACGCGAUCGGAGCUCUACGUCAUCGUCGUCAUGUCCAAACGCUCCCUUUCCAGCCUCUGCCAAAGAAACUAAUUAAUAAAGAGGGAGAAGGAAAAAGGAGUCUCUAAACCUCUUCUUUGUAGCAGCUUUGGUAGAAUGAAUAUAAGCGUUCGCUCGUUUGCC